AUGGAUGCGACCAACCCUGUGAGGGGUCAGUCUUCCUGGCUCACAAUCUUGAGUAGACUCGACAAUAUUCCCUACCCCGACCAAGAAGACCGAAAGAGCUGCGGUGGAAUCUUCAAUCAUUACUGGGACUUUCUCCUACAAGAGGAAACCCAGAGCCAUUUUGUCACUGUGGGCCAUAUCACAGACUGGCUCGUUAACAAGGUCCACUGGGACCGUCAUCCCCGGUUCACAAUCGAUCGGGAUAGCAAAGCCAUCAACCUUGACGCCAGUACUGGCUCUGAAGGGACCAAGGCUCUGCACGCUCUGAUCAUGGAGUUACUUGAUGGUGGCGGCAUCGCUGGUUUUGAUCAGCUCCACCGCAAGAAUGACUGCUGUCAGAUCCCCAGCCCGUUUGAUUCCGUCAAAGUCGACCGCAACGCUGCCCAGCUGUUUGGAAUUGUGACAAUGGGCUCACACAUGAAUUGCUACACUCGGGUGCCAUCUGAGGAAGGCAGUCGGAUGAUGCUCUGGGUUCCGCGUCGAGCAAGCAACAAGAAAUAUGAUGCUGGAAAACUUGACAACACCGUUGCCGGGGGCAUCACCAACGGAGACUCUCCAUUGCAGACAAUCCUCGCCGAGGCCGAGGAGGAAGCCGCUCUUAGCCCGGACUUUGUGACUGAGAACAUCAAAACGACAAGCAUCCUGACAUACUACAAUCAAUGCCCCGCAGCCGAGGGAGGGCACCUGCGACCGCGAGUCCUUCACACGUACGAGCUAGAGCUUCCGCCGGACCUGCUGCCGCGCCCGCGCGAUGGAGAGGUCGACGAGUUUCUCCUAAUGGAUGCGGAGGAGUUGAGAGAAGCGAUCAUGGCCGGCGAAAUGACGGACGAUGCAGCGAUUGUGUGGCUAGACUUCCUUGUCCGGCAUUGCAUUGUGGACGAGCAGAAUGAGCCCGGCCUGCUGCAUAUCACCGACCGGAUGCACCGCCACCUGCCGUUCUCAACCUCAUGCAAUGGGCGUGGGAGAUGA